AUGAGUAGUAUCGUGAAGAAAUCGGGAACUCGAUUUGUUCCGAAGAACACUCAAAGGAAGUCGGUUGCGCUUUCCAGGGAGGCCAGUAGGGCUCUUACAGAUACCGAAACACCAAGUUCGACACGACCUGCAUCGAUCGAGCCAGUUGCGCAGCCAAGUGGUGAAGUCGAGGACGAUGAAGAUGAUGGAGAUGAAGACAUCGAGGAGAACGAGAGAGGUGUUGAGAUGCCGCAAUUUAAGACGGUUUCGUUCGCAAGCGGAAUAUCCGGCCAGUCUAACCAGCCUGCUGCAGUUUCAUCUGAGAACAUACAAAGAAGACGACUUUCUAGCAUUUCGUCUGGGUUGAAAGCUGGUUUGCUGAAGAGACCAUCCACCGAUAUGGAGCCGUUCAAGAUCAACGUUCCCUCGGUCCCCAAUGCACCCUCAGCUACGAGUAGUGGAAGACCAGGAAGGAAAUCAUCAUCAGUCUCAAAGUCUGUAUAUGCUAUGAGAAAGGGUUCUAAGGGCCAGGCAAUCGAUCCUGUUACGCCUGUGUCGGUCAUAACGUCUGCCAAGAGAAGCAGUAAUGCCAUUUUUGGUGAUGAGACCGUUGCAAAUGCGGAAACAGAGGUUGAACAUGGAGGGAAGAAAACAAAAGUGUCGGAAAAGGUGAUACCCGAAUCAGGAAGGAUAACACGCAGAACGAGGAGGCAGGCGGCUCUACACGCAGAACAGACAGCCAGCACAAACUCUGGUGGAACUCGUGAUGUGACGCAGGUGGAUGGAGCUAAGGAUAUAGUUUAUACGCCAGCCGAAUUAGCUGAGCAGGUCAAGUACUACAUGGAUCCCGACAAGAAUCAACUGCAGAGAGUUUCACUCGCGAAAUUCUCCAAGAUGAAGGUGGACGAAUCGCGGGUUAUCAGCGAUAUUUCUUCGCUCCAAACCAUUUCCAGUAAGGCCAACUACAAGCUGUUGGAAAACUUCGUGAUAGACGAUAAGCAGAUCACGCUGGAAGAGCUCUGCAAACCCAUAAUUCCCAUUGGUAAAGUUUCGGAGAACUUUGAAAGAGCACAAAAGGGUGACGAGUUGAGGAUGAAGCGUCGUAUCGAGAACCGUCAGCAAAGACAACUGGCUAGGCAGAAUAGGAUGCCUAUUCUGGAAGAUGGUUCUUCUGGAAAUGCUAUUCUAGAAGGUCAGCGUGAAACUGCCAAUGAUCUCAUGGAAGGCAAAACCGCAGCUGAUGCGAACGGCGGUGGUUCUGGUGCGGUUCAACUGAAAAUGCACAACGGAACGGUGGUGGUUGAAGAGGAUUCUUUGUAUGUUGACAGGCACGAGUCUAGAGGAGCUGAUGACAGGGAGAGAGAGAAUGACAACCCUUACCAGAAUCUGAUCACUUCAGCCAGUUAUGGAAAGCGGAAAUUUGCGGAUAGGUGGACCCGCGACGAAGACAUUGUGUUUUUCAAGGCGUUAAGUUCAUGGGGAACGGAUUUCGGAUUGAUAUCGCAAUUGUUCCCGUACAGGACGAGGAGACAGAUCAAGUCCAAGUUCAUAGCCGAAGAGAAGAGAAACCCACAUCUGGUGGAGCUGGCAUUGGUACAGAAACUGCCAGUCGACUUUGACAAAUUUGCACUGGAAACCAAAAAGGAGUUCAAAACACUCAAAGAGUAUAACGAGGAGAUUGCGGGACUACGCUCCAGACACGAUCUCGAGCUCAAGGAGAUGAGGGCCAUGCGGGAUAAGGCUCGUCAAGAGGAUCUGGAGGUACAGAAGAGAAAGGAGCUGGAAAUCAAGAACGGAACGAGGAAUGUUUCGAGGAGAGAGCAGAUCAUGGCGAUGAGACUGAACGAAGAGGUAAUUGGUACGAUCGAGGACAAGAAGUCAGUCGUUCAGUGA